AUGGAGAGACCAAAGAAGAAGCAAGUGCUACUUUUCCACUGUGUGGAAGCUGAAGAUUUGGCACACAAGGUCGCAGCUCAUUCAGACCUCAUCCAGCUACAAUCGAUUAACUGGAGGAGUUUUGAUGAUGGGUUUCCAAAUCUUUUCAUAAAAAAUGCACAUGAUAUCCGAGGACAACACGUUGCAUUUUUAGCAUCUUUCAGCUCGACAGCCGUUAUUUUCGAACAGCUUUCAGUCAUUUAUGCUCUCCCAAUGCUGUUUUGUGCCUCAUUUACAGUGGUGCUGCCUUUUUUUCCAACUGGUUCCUUUGAACGAAUAGAAGAGGAAGGUGAUGUUGCAACUGCAUUUACCUUGGCUCGGAUGCUGUCCAACACUCCUAUCUCCAGGGGUGGUCCUACCAGUUUAGUUAUCUACGACAUACAUGCUUUGCAGGAAAGAUUUUACUUCAGUGAUACUGUAUUGCCUGUGUUUGAGAGUGGAAUCCCACUGUUGAAGCAACGGCUUCAGCAACUUCCAGAGUUAGAUAAGAUCAUUGUUGCAUUUCCUGAUGAUGGAGCUUGGAAAAGAUUCCACAAGCUGCUCGAUCAUUUUCCUAUGGUCAUCUGCAACAAGGUUCGGGAAGGAGACAAGAGAAUAGUUAGAAUAAAAGAGGGUAACCCUGCGGGCUGCCACGUUGUUAUCGUUGAUGACUUGGUGCAAUCUGGUGGCACCUUAAUCGAGUGUCAGAAAGUACUGGCAGCUCAUGGUGCCGCUAAGGUGAGUGCGUAUGUCACACAUGGUGUGUUCCCGAACAAGUCAUGGGAGCGUUUUCUUCACAAGAAUGAUGAGAAGGCUUUCACCCACUUUUGGAUCACUGACUCGUGCCCAGUUACUGUGAAGGCUAUCAUAAACAGAGCACCAUUUGAGGUGUUGAGCCUUGCUUCUUCUAUAGCAGAUGCUCUCCAAAUCUAA